AUGUCAGGACUACCUGGCAGCGAGAGGGCGGCAAUGCUGUCGACGGAACGUGAUGACGCCGCACCACGUCGUCCAUCACUGCUACCUGCCUUCGAGCCGCUCUCUUCUUCGCCUGGCCUCCCACGAGCGGCCAAACGCAAAUUCGACGAUGCACUGGACGACCGCAAGUACUACCCUACACCUGUACCUACAUCAUCCACGGGUAUCCUGCCCUCAUCGCCCCCUUCGCGUCGUACGCGUCCAGGUCUGCAACGGACCGUCUCUGUCCUCUCAGAACGCGCUCCCCUUGGCGAUGUGCCGUCUCUUGACCUCCACGCCAAUGGCGAGCCGGUCCUUAUGGGACGCUCAAGUAACUCUUCGGAUUACCAAUUGUCCGCCAACCGCCAUAUCUCACGAAUCYACGUUCGUGCUUCAUUUCACGCCGCCGAUUCGUCAUAUCCACAAGGCAAGGUGGAGGUAGAGUGUUUGGGUUGGAACGGAGCUAAGGUGCAUUGCCGCGGAGAGGUGGUGGAGUUGGCAAAGGGUGAACAGUUUGUUUCUGGCAAGCCGCAAGACCAGAUCAUCGUCGAUGUGCAAGAUACUCGGGUGAUGCUGGUAUGGCCAGUGGAGGGCGCACGCGACGCACCCUCGGUCGAAUCGAGAUCACCAUGGGCUGCGGACUCGCCAUCCAAGCGCCACACCGCGUCAGUACCCCACUUCGCAUCUAGCCCACCGCCGAUGAUGAGCAUGGCACGUCCGGCCUCGCCGGUAUCACCGACACCAGAUGUCAGCUUUGGAGCCACCUUCGCGUCGACAUUCCGCGCCGAUGCCGCCGGUCCAGUGCAGGUAUACGAGGACACAAACUCUGACGAAGACGCYCCUCACGACUCCACUCCCGAGCCGUUGUGUGAUGGCACACCCACUCCAAAGCAUUCCAUGUCGGCGCCAUCCAACCUCCUGACCCAGUCUCAUGCUACUGUAGCAUCCGAGACGGAGGAUUUCUCCGAGCACGACGAAGAGAACGACCCCAUCGUUCAUUCCUUUGGCCCUUUCGGUGAGAAUAUCAUGUCUCGAUUCGAGUCCUUUACCUCAGGCUCUCCAGAACGUCAACGUAAACCUCUGGCGGCGUCGUUCAACUCUCCAGGGCGUAGUGUUGCCAUCCCGCCUAUCAACUUCAGUCCGAUUAAAAACCACGUCAUUAACCAGCUUGCGUUCUCUCGCAUCCACUCACUGCCGCUCUCUACCAUCCACAGCAAUCUCCCAUCCGAGCUUCGCGGGGCCAUGGUCAAGCCAUCGGAUAAUGAGAAUCCAAAUGUCCUCACCACGUGUGAGCUCAAAACACUGCUCGAUGACAUCCCAUGCGUUGGCGAGAUCAGUCGCGAGGGUAAAGAUGCCGCCGGCAAGCUUCUAGAAAGCGAAUUCUAUUAUGUUCCCGAGAUGGAUAACGAUGCCAAUCGCCGGGAUACCGUCACCCAAAGCCUGGGCAAAACCAGCAUUCGCGCUGCUCGUAAGCAGCAUAAGCAAUAUUAUUGGAAGCGUCCGCGUCACUGA